CACAGUGGAGCAGAGAGGGGACGAUGGCAGGGGCUUGGAGGGCACUGGUGCUGGUGGUAGGCUUGGCAGCCGUGGCCUGUGUGGCCCAGCGCAGUCUGAGCUAUGAAGAGAUUGUAAACCACGCUUUGCGGUUCUUCAAUUACGGGCGGCGAGGACAGCGCCUCUUUGGCCUGCUGGAAGCCAUUCCACCGCCGCUUACUUUGAACACGACCACAACUAUCCCGCUUAACUUCAGGAUUAAAGAGACCGUGUGCUUUUCAACCUGGCUCCGCAGACAGCCCCGAGGAUGUGCCUUCAGGGAGGGCGGGGAGGAGCGAAACUGCACCGGCAACUACUUCAGGCUGCGUCACGUCCGCCUCCUGUCGGUCGACUGCCCCCAGGACAGCGAGCGCGAGCGCGAGCGCGAGCCCGGGCCGGCGGUACAGGUCCCCGGGGUGAGGCGUCCUGCUGAGGUGCCUGAAGAAGCCACUCUGGAGAGUGACAGCUACAAAUUGCCACCGGUGGUCAGGGACCAGUAAGAGAGGGCCAAGUAUGACAUCAUCGCCAACAUCCUGAGGAGUUUCUAGGGCUGGAGAAGGACCGGAGACCCUGCAUUCUCACCACGACCUCCUCUUCCCGCCUGUCCCCUUCCUCUGCUGCCCUCAGCACCCCCUCUCCUGCAGAGGCAGAGCCCAUUUGUACACCUUGCCUGGAAUUCCUGCCUAUCUUGUGUCUGUAAAUCCUACUCAUCCUUCAAGGCGCAGCUGCAAAGUCACCUCCUCUAGGAAGCCUCUCUGCUCCUCCCUGGGCAGAACUGUCUUUCCCUCAUCUGUGCACUCACAAUCCUCAAACCACGGUGGCAAUACCUGCUGUGUCCCCUGCUACACAGCACUGUGUCUACUCAAUAGCUGGGCCCUCCUGAGCCAGCUGAAGGUGGCUGGUGAAUGAGUUUCUCAGCAAGGUGCUCCCAGAAUGCUGGGAAGGCAGUUCCUUCUGUGCAGGAUACUGAGCUCCCCUGUUCCCUGCCUACUGUGACAACUAAAUUCAUAUAUCCAGGCACCUCUAAGGGGGGGGGGGGUCAUUUCACCCUCUGGUGAGAGCCACAGGAGAGAAAUUCAAUAAAAUGUUUCUGAAGUAAA